AAUGAAUAGCUAGACAUGGUUCAGCCACCUAGACAUGGUUUAACCACUUCUUAUCUCCUUGAACCUAAAUGCGCAAAAAAGAAAUGGCUAAACUACGUCUGCGCGGUUCAGCUACAUCUAAUAAAAGGAGUCCUGGUGUCUAGCAUAGAGGCUGUUGGACCUUUUAAUAAACUUUUUCAGUUUUUUACAGCUUCUAAACCAAGUAGUUCCCUUCCACCCAGUGAUGUCGGAGAACCUCUCUUCCUUACUCCCCUUCUAGAGGCGGGAGAAUGGAAAGAAGCGCAGAAUCUUUCUUUCGUAUCUUUACCGGACGCACCUGCCGUCGCCAGCUAUUCAGGAUUCAUUACCGUGAACAAGGAGUUUAAUUCCAACAUGUUUUUCUGGUAUUUUCCAUCUGAACAUGAACCAGACACCAGCCCUCUACUUAUCUGGUUACAGGGUGGUCCAGGAGGGUCGUCCUUGUUUGGGCUUUUUACUGAGAACGGUCCUUUUAGCGUUACAGCGUCUGGAAAGGUGAAAAAGAGAAAAAACAGCUGGACGCUGACCCAUAAUGUUAUCUAUAUAGAUAACCCGGUGGGAACUGGAUUCAGCUUUACAAAGAAUGGAUAUGCUGAGAAUGAGACGGUUGUGGCUGAUGAUUUAUUUGAGUUCUUGAUUCAAAUGUAUUCAUUGUUUCCAAAUCUUAAG